AUGGGGUUAGCUCUCAAGGAUGGUGGUUCAAAAUCAGCAUUGACAACCUCCCACAGGUCAAAUGCUUGUAGCUCUGGAGAAUCUAAAGACCUAACAGACUCGUACAUCGAAACCUUGGAUGACUCUCCACUAGACCAGGAAACAAAGAAGAAGUUGACAUCCCGGAGUAUUCAGCCUUGUGAACUCAAAUAUUUUGCAGAAAAUGAUAGUGGAAGGAAGUCAGGUGCCCGGAGAUGUCUGAAACCUGACCCUCAUAUAGCAGAGGAAUUUGGCAAGCGAUAUUUGAAGAAAAGCGGAGAAAUGAUUCUGAGAAUUGAAGAUGGGAGGACUUGGACUGUUGAGUACGAAAGAAGAGCAGGGAAUAAAGGUAGAAAAGCAGAGUUUAAGAGUAACAGUUGGGGACAAUUUGCGAUCGACAAUGAAUUGGAGGUGGGAGACGUUUGUGUGUUUGAGCUGAUCAAUGAAAAUGGAAACUUGUUGGAGGUUCCAUUCAUCGCAAGCUUUACUCAUCGAAAUUAA